AUGGCGCAGCUCAAGGUCGUGGCGCUUGUCGUGCGCUGGGGGCUCGCCAGCGCCAACGCGCGCGACGAUGUGUCGUCCGCCAUUUCGGACCUGCUGACCGCCGACCUGUCGAUGGCUCGGGCCUGCGAGUUGAGCCACGUCGGCUCCGUCGCGUUGCUGGAUCUGGUCUGGAUGAGGAGCCUCCGAGACGCGGAAACCAGUCGCUGGACGGUGGCCAAACUGCUCCAGAGCGAGCGCCACUACUACCGAUGGGAGUUCAGUCAGGCGCUGCAGCAGGCGGUCCGUCGGGAUGAUUUUGUGAUGACGCGGUGGAUGCUGCAGCACUUUUCCGGCUGUCUGGUCAUGAAAGAUGUGGUGGAGGAAGCUGCGCGGAGAGGGGGCUAG